AUGCAGUGUUUUACAGUAACUGAAAUUAUUCUGGAGGAAUUCUAUGACAUCUUUGGCCCUGAGCUAAAAGGUGUGACUGGUGACCUAAAACACAUUGAUGAAAUGCUGUGCAGAGUGGACAGUCUGGUUUUGCCUAUUGAGGAGGUCAAUUUUGAUCCUUUCAACAUCUGUAAGAAGAGCAGCUGGAAAACGAUCAUGCAAGACUUGAACACUACGGUGGAGACUAUUGACAGCGAAGCCAUCAGUCUCAUUGAUCAGUCUUUCAAGACAUUGCGCUCUUCAGCUGCUGCCUUUGACGUGCUCCUGAAGUUCAAACACAUGCGCUCCAGGGAGGCCAUCAGUAACCAUUUGAUGAGAAAGUUCAAUCACAUACUGGCUCUAUAUUGCAAAGAGGUGGACAUCAUAAAUGAACUCUUUAAGGCAAACAAGGAUAACCCACCACUGAACAAGCCUCCUGUGGCUGGAUCCAUCAAAUGGGCCCGAUCUCUGCUCUACCGCAUCAAACACACCAUCCUUCCCUUCCUGGACUUGCCAGAGAUGCUUGAGAGUGAACAGGGCAAAGUGGCCAAGGACAAGCUAAGGAUGUCCCACCAGCUGAAGGCACACGACAGAGGGGCGUGCGAUACCAUGUAUGUUGAUGAGCUGAGGAAGCUUGUUAACUGCUUUCACUCUGUAAUGGACAGCCUGAGCGACGCAAAGUUCAUUAUGCUGGCUCAACAGAUGAAAGCGGUCAAAAAAGUGAUGCAUUUUGGAUGCGAAAGACUCAACUGGAAGUCCUUGGAUGUCAAGGAGUUCUGUGAACAUAUUGAGCGAGAGCGGGGUAAAUCUGUGAAUUUGCUGGUUAUGAAGUACAGCGACAUCGGACACAGCAUUAUUAAAACAGAACAUUUGAUCAUGGACACCAGCAGUGGCAAAGCCAAAUGUAUGGCAGAUUAUUACCUGUACUGGGAAGAAAAGGUGUUUGACUCCCUCACGAAGAUGGUGCUGAGGAGCAUCCAGGCCUUCAACGUGGCGGUGAUGGGACGUACCGCACUUUUCCAAGUCGAUGCCAUCCUGUCUGCCCCUGAGAUUGUGUUGCAGCCCCAUAACAAUGAGAUCUACUGGCUGAUCAUGCACUGUCUCAGCGACUGUGUAGAGAGCACCAAGAAAUUUGUGCGUUGGAUGCGUGGGACCUGCAUUAAGUGCCCUCCAAAACCAAAUGAAUCUGUGGCAUUCAGCUUCUACAGUGACGUGAAGCAGCAUCCUCAGAUAAAUGAAAGUGCCAUAACAGUGUCCCAGAACAUCCAGCAGCUGGUCCUCUCUCUGGAUCAGUACCUUGGCCCCUGGAGACGCUAUCGGCCUCUUUGGGAAAAGGACAUAACCAUCAUCAAUGAAAAAUUUGCUGCAAGUCAUCCGUCCUGGGUCGUGUAUGAUGAUAAGCUGCUGUUCCUUUCUGGUGUAAGGCAUGAGGUGAUGCUGAAGCCCCUGUUUAACAUCGAACACAUCAUCCAUCUAAACCUGAAACCUCUGGUUCACACAGUGCAAAAGAUUGUUGAGUCCUGGAUCAAUUCACUAGGGGGUCUGCUCAAUAAUCCUACCAAAGAGGAUCUCUUCAAUUUGAGAGAUGAACUCAUGGAACUGGACGCAAAGCUGAAACAGAGCCCUGACACUUUGGAAGACCUGAAGUCCGUCCUCGGUACGAUCUCAGAUAUCAAAUGCAUGUCUGCAGAUGUGGAGAUUAGAUUCAUUGAUAUCAGGGAGAGAUACAGAACACUGGCAAUGUACAAAGUGGAGGUCGGAGAGGAUGAACUGGAGCUGGUGGCCAGUAUUGGCCAGAUUUGGAGUGACCUUUUUACAGAAUCCAGACAAGUGGACCGAUGUUUGACAAAUGCCAAGAAAUCAUUUACUCAGAUUACAAAGGAGAAGACUGAAGAGUUUAAGAAGGAGGUGUCUAUCUUUGCCGAAAGCUUCGACAUGCAUGGUCCUGGAGCUGUGGGAGAUGAUUUGGAGAAAGGACUGACCAUUCUGGAAACAUAUGAGGCCGAUCUUGCCAACAUAAUGGCAGGACGACAGAAGCUAGCUAAUGCUGAGAAGCUGUUUGACCUACCAGUCACUGUGUUCCCAGAGAUUAUCACCAUGCAGAAGGAAAUGAUGGGCCUGAGACAAAUAUAUGAUAUAUAUAAAGCUCAGAAGGAUGCAAAGACAGAUUGGUCUCAGACCCUGUGGGUUCAUUUAGACAUCCAGCUGCUACAGGAUGGAGUUGAGGGUUUCAGCAAAAGCUUGAGGCAGCUGCCCAAACAUGUGCGGGCGUUGCCUGUGGCCUACAUCCUGGAAGGACGCCUUAAGGAGUUCAGAGAGUCUCUACCUCUUCUGCUGGACCUGAAGAAUGAUGCCCUCAGAGACAGACACUGGAAGGAACUGAUGGAGAGGACCGGCACUAACUUUGACAUGAACCCUGACACCUUCACUCUGGAGAACAUGUUUGCAAUGGAGUUGCAUAAAUAUGCAAAUGUCAUAGGUGACAUUGUCACGUCUGCUGUGAAAGAGCUCGGUAUUGAGAAGGCAAGCAUCCGCCUUUGUCAAUAACCUCAAACUGGAGUAAGGGACCAGUUAUACCAGUUUAUCUGUGGAAUUACAAAUACUUAUUAUCCAUUUUUGUGUCUGCGCUGCCAGGAAAUGAAGGAGGUGGUGGAAACCUGGGAAAACAUGAA